AAAGAAACCAAGGGCUCUUAAAAUUCCACAACAAAACCCUCCCUACCAAGAACCAUUGCAAAAAACAUUAAAGCUCACAAGCUUCUGAGAAACUAGAGGCACUGUUGUUUCAAUGGCAACCUCAGUUUCUGCAAAUUUGAAUUCGUCGUUCCAUGGAAGUUGGGGGAGUUCGGUUGUCGGAGAAGAUUAUGGGACGUUGGUGAAGGCGGUCCCGAACCAAGUGAGAGUUGGGAAGGCGGUGAGAGCGCAGCCGAUGAUGAAGAACAUCAAUGAAGGCAAAGGUGUCUUUGCACCUCUUGUUGUUGUCACGCGUAACAUUGUUGGCAAGAAGAGGUUCAAUCAGAUUAGAGGCAAAGCUAUUGCUUUGCACUCGCAGGUAAUUACCGAGUUCUGCAAAUCGAUAGGAGCAGACGCGAAACAAAGGCAAGGACUGAUUCGUCUGGCGAAGAAGAACGGAGAGAGGCUGGGGUUCCUGGCGUGAUAGAAUCACUAGAGCAGGGAUGCCUCCAUUUUGUUUUCACAAGUAGAAAUUUGAUGUUGUAGUUUGCUUUCAUAUUUCAUUCUUAAACGACUUCCACAUGCAUACACUCUCCGGUCUCCACCUGCUGGGAUUCCUUCAACAUCACCACAAUGUAUAAUUCGAUGUCUUGUCUCCAUUACAUAUGCACUUUUCAUGAUCAUUCUUCACUCUAGUUGCAAUGUUCCUU